UCAAAAGCAGGAUCACGCUGUAGCUUCUCCAUUUUGAUUCAUCUAUCCAACAUACGACAAGGGAACUUGUCAAAACCAUUAAAAAACUCGCGGAAUAAUAGGAAUGGUUGCACCCUUGGCACCUACUAGCGAUUGAAGUAACCAGCCAUGCCAGUCAUAGAGGAAGUGAAAUCAAGUUGGGCAGAUGAAGUUGAGGAAGAAGGAGGAGGAGUGCUGCCCCCGCCAACUGAGACUAUAGAAAAUGGGUUCAAAAUACUAACGGAAUACAAAUACAAUGAUGACAACAAGAAAGUUAAAAUUGUUCGAACUUACAAGAUAGAACGUCGUAUAGUUUCUAAAACUAUAGCUGCACGCAAGAACUGGGCAAAAUUUGGGGACUCUGCCGACGAUAGACCAGGCCCAAACCCUGCCACCACUGUUGGAGCUGAAGAUGUUUUUAUGCAGUUCAUUUCUAACAAGGAAGAAGAAAAUAAGGUUGAAGAAGAUUCCCUGGAUAAGCUGAAGAACAUGGCAGAGAAAGGAGUUGUGAAAUGCCGUACCUGUAAUGGUGAUCAUUGGACUUCAAAAUGUCCUUAUAAAGACACUGUUAUGGCUGGAGGUAAAGUUCCAGAUGACAAGAAACCAGUAGGAGGUCCAGGAGUACCUGGUGGAUCAAUGGCCGAUCUUGGUAAAACGCAGGGUAGCAAAUACGUGCCACCCAGCAUGCGAGACGGUGGUAACAAACGUGGAGACUCCAUGCAGGCGCUAAGACGUGAUGACCAAUCAGCCGUCCGAAUCUCGAAUCUCUCAGAGAGCACUUUGGAAGCAGAUUUGGAAGAGCUUGUUAAACCUUUUGGUCCUAUUCAGAAGCUAUAUCUUGCUAAGGACAAGCAAAGCAUGUAUUGCAAAGGAUACGCAUAUGUUCACUAUAAAUUCAAAGCUGAUGCCAUCAACGCUAUCGCUCAAUUAAACGGGCAUGGAUAUGAUCAUCUUAUUUUAGACGUCGAGUGGUCUAAGCCUCAGCAUGAAAAAAAUAAUUAAUUGGCAAUUUUGGCACGCUCCAUCAUAUACGGAUCUAAUCAGUCAGACACAAAGUUUGAUAGGUUCAGAAUUUUCACAUUGAUCCUACAGUCGAAUUUAUGUGGAUUCUUGUGUAAUUAAUCGUAAUCAAGUAUAUAAAACAAUUUCCAUCCUGCAGUGACUGACGACAAUCGUCACGACUUCGUCGUCCGUUAUUCUUUCGUAUUGCUGUAUACUCAUGUAUUUCGAUAAAACGAAAUUGCAAUUGAAA